AUGAGAAAUAAGGACCUCUGCAUCAAAUUCCCGUGUAAAUUUAGCUUCAGUUUCGAAGGUGCGAAGUCUUAUAAAUACUGUGCUAGCAAACCCAAUUGCAAGAGCGACGGCAACUUUUUCACUAAAGGCAACAAGCCGGUGAAGCGUGACCUCGAGCUGGAACCAGAGGUUGAACAGGGUGGAUACUAUCAACUUCGUAGUGGCGCCACCAUCUACUCCCCCAGCGACCUCGAGAUCGGAAGUUUUGCUGUGCGCAAUGUUUACGCCAACCAGACCAUCGACGAAGCCGAGGUGGCUCAUCUCGAGGCUCGCGGGUUAUUUGAGGGUGACGAUGACGAGGAUGAAGAGAUGAUUAAGGACGAGGUUAUGCAGAAGCUCCUAAUGACAGGAAAUUCAGAAACGGCACUCAUGUUUCGCUCCUGGCUAGACCUCUUCACUUUGCAACAAGAGGAUCAUAGGUUGGGAGGAGAUAUCAAAGAGCUUUAUAAAAAUCGGAACCUCGAGCUUGCCGGAAAAGAGUUCUUCAUCACCAAGCAGGGCUGGAUACAUAGCGCACCAGUUUACCUUGUCCUCAGGGACGUAGAAAAUCCUGGCCCAGACGGUACGCAAAAUCAUCGGAUUGUUGCGCGCACAGGUAUUUCCGAGAAAUCAUUAGACAUGACGGAAAGGAUCAAGUCCUUGCCUCCUUGUCGUUUCCAGAUUGUUUAG